CUGUGCAUACUAUAUUUUGCUCAGCCCUUAAUAUUCUGAAGCUGAACUGAAGCAGUCGUUAUCUGUGGCGGUUCCUGGGUGGUUUUCAAGCCCAGCACUACCCACCCAAGUAGCAAUGACACCGGAUUUCAAUGAAGCCUUAUUACUCUUAAAAGAGCAAUUUGGUUGGUUGCACGGCUAUUAGGAUCACACAGGCAGCCUGAAAGCUGUCAGUACAACUGCUUCUCAUCUUUUUCACAUAAUCCUGACGUCUUUUCUCUCUUCUGCUGGACACAGACAUUACUGUUUUUAUCAUUUUCAAUCAAGCUCACCCAGAACGCUGAGGAAUAUAUUCCCCCUGAAAGCAAAGUGGAGAACAGAAAUUAUUUUAUAGCUUCUGGAGUAGAAGCAGGGCUGACUGCGUACUGAGAAGGAGCCGGAUCCGUGAGAAAUGUAGCUUGGCUCAGGGCUACAUCAGGAAGCUGCUACUUCAGCUGCUAAAGAUGGCAAAACAACACCUACCUCAGGUUUUUCAGUCAUUAAUGCUAUUUUCAUAACCAGGAGGGAAGAGGAUGUGAGAAAUUUUGUGAAAUUAACUUGUGGAAAUGUUAUCAUCAGAGAAAGUGGAGAAAAUUACUAGGCUUGAACUUCUUUUCGUUUUGAUGCUCUUCCUCUCUGGACCAACCCUGAGCAAGCUGACCCGGACCCCCUGGAAAGGAAAACCUUGGAAGGGGGGAUCGCGUCUUCGCCAGGAAGAUUUUCCCCCGCGGAUUGUGGAGCACCCUUCCGAUGUCAUCGUCUCUAAGGGAGAGCCCACGACUCUGAACUGUAAGGCCGAGGGCCGGCCAACACCCACCAUUGAGUGGUACAAAGAUGGGGAGCGGGUGGAGACUGACAAGGAUGAUCCCCGGUCCCACAGGAUGCUUCUGCCCAGCGGAUCCUUAUUCUUCCUGCGCAUCGUGCACGGGCGCAGAAGUAAGCCUGAUGAAGGAAGCUACAUUUGUGUUGCAAGGAACUAUCUUGGUGAAGCAGUGAGUCGAAAUGCAUCUCUGGAAGUGGCAUUGUUACGAGAUGACUUCCGACAAAACCCCACAGAUGUUGUAGUCGCAGCUGGAGAGCCUGCAAUCCUGGAGUGCCAACCUCCCCGGGGACACCCAGAACCUACCAUCUACUGGAAAAAGGACAAAGUUCGAAUUGAUGACAAGGAAGAAAGAAUAAGUAUCCGUGGUGGAAAACUGAUGAUAUCCAAUACCAGGAAAAGUGAUGCAGGGAUGUAUACUUGUGUUGGUACCAAUAUGGUGGGAGAAAGAGACAGUGACCCAGCAGAGCUGACUGUCUUUGAACGACCCACAUUUCUCAGGAGGCCAAUUAACCAGGUGGUGCUGGAGGAAGAAACUGUAGAAUUUCGCUGUCAAGUCCAAGGAGAUCCUCAACCAACUGUGAGAUGGAAAAAGGAUGAUGCAGACUUGCCAAGAGGAAGGUAUGACAUAAAAGAUGAUUACACACUAAGAAUUAAAAAGACCAUGAGUACAGAUGAAGGCACCUAUAUGUGUAUUGCUGAGAAUCGUGUUGGAAAAAUGGAAGCCUCUGCUACACUCACAGUCCGAGCUCGCCCUGUUGCUCCCCCACAGUUUGUGGUUCGGCCAAGAGAUCAGAUUGUUGCUCAAGGUCGAACAGUGACAUUUCCCUGUGAAACUAAAGGAAACCCACAGCCAGCUGUUUUUUGGCAGAAAGAAGGCAGCCAGAACCUACUUUUCCCAAACCAGCCCCAGCAGCCCAACAGUAGAUGCUCAGUUUCACCAACAGGAGACCUCACAAUCACCAACAUUCAACGUUCCGACGCAGGUUACUACAUCUGCCAGGCCUUAACUGUGGCAGGAAGCAUUUUAGCAAAAGCUCAGCUGGAGGUUACUGAUGUUUUGACAGAUAGACCUCCACCUAUAAUUCUACAAGGCCCAGCCAACCAAACGCUGGCAGUGGAUGGUACAGCAUUACUGAAAUGUAAAGCCACUGGUGAUCCUCUUCCUGUAAUUAGCUGGCUAAAGGAGGGAUUUACUUUUCUGGGUAGAGAUCCAAGAGCAACUAUACAAGAGCAAGGCACACUGCAGAUUAAGAAUUUACGGAUUUCUGAUACUGGCACUUAUACUUGUGUGGCUACAAGUUCAAGUGGAGAGACUUCCUGGAGUGCAGUGCUGGAUGUGACAGAAUCUGGAGCAACAAUCAGUAAAAAUUAUGAUUUAAGUGACCUGCCAGGGCCACCAUCCAAACCACAGGUCACUGAUGUUACUAAGAACACUGUCACCUUGUCCUGGCAACCAGGUACCCCUGGAACCCUUCCAGCAAGUGCAUAUAUCAUUGAGGCUUUCAGCCAAUCGGUGAGCAAUAGCUGGCAGACUGUGGCAAACCAUGUAAAGACCACCCUCUAUACUGUAAGAGGACUGCGGCCCAAUACAAUCUACUUAUUCAUGGUCAGAGCGAUCAACCCCCAAGGUCUCAGUGACCCAAGCCCCAUGUCAGAUCCUGUGCGCACACAAGAUAUCAGCCCACCAGCACAAGGAGUGGACCACAGGCAAGUGCAGAAAGAACUUGGAGAUGUCCUUGUCCGUCUUCAUAAUCCAGUUGUACUGACUCCCACCACUGUUCAGGUCACGUGGACGGUUGAUCGCCAACCACAGUUUAUCCAAGGCUAUCGAGUGAUGUAUCGUCAGACUUCAGGUCUGCAGGCUACAUCUUCAUGGCAGAAUUUAGAUGCCAAAGUCCCGACUGAACGAAGUGCUGUCUUAGUCAACCUGAAAAAGGGGGUGACUUAUGAAAUUAAAGUUCGGCCAUAUUUUAAUGAGUUCCAAGGAAUGGAUAGUGAAUCUAAAAUGGUUCGUACUACUGAAGAAGCCCCAAGUGCCCCUCCACAGUCUGUCACUGUACUGACGGUUGGAAGCUACAAUAGCACAAGUAUUAGUGUUUCCUGGGAUCCUCCUCCUCCAGAUCAUCAGAAUGGGAUUAUCCAAGAAUACAAGAUCUGGUGUCUAGGAAAUGAAACGAGAUUCCAUAUCAACAAAACUGUGGAUGCAGCCAUUCGGUCUGUAAUAAUUGGUGGAUUAUUCCCAGGUAUUCAAUACCGGGUAGAGGUUGCAGCUAGUACCAGUGCAGGGGUUGGAGUAAAAAGUGAGCCCCAGCCAAUAAUAAUCGGGAGACGUAAUGAAGUUGUCAUUACUGAAAACAAUAACAGUAUAACUGAGCAAAUCACUGAUGUGGUGAAGCAACCAGCCUUUAUAGCUGGCAUUGGUGGUGCCUGCUGGGUAAUUUUGAUGGGUUUUAGCAUCUGGUUGUACUGGCGAAGAAAGAAGAGGAAGGGACUCAGUAAUUAUGCUGUUACAUUUCAAAGAGGAGAUGGAGGACUAAUGAGCAACGGAAGAUACUUCACUAUCUUAAGUACAUAUCCACUUAAUUGUAAAAUAAUUCCAAUUCAGAAACUUCAGAAAGACUUAAGUUAUACCAUGUACAAACACAUUAUACCUUUCUUUCUACAGUUGCUAAAGAAGACAAUUUUAGCAUAUGUAAAAUUCGAAAUUUUGGGCUUCCGGUGCCUCAUUAAAUUGUUUCAUUUCCCUAUGUUCACCACAGAUGUGCUGCCGCCAGUUCCAGGCCAAGGGGAUAAAACAGCAACGAUGCUCUCAGAUGGAGCCAUUUAUAGCAGCAUUGACUUCACUACCAAAACCACUUACAACAGUUCCAGCCAAAUAACACAGGCUACCCCAUAUGCCACCACACAGAUCUUGCAUUCCAACAGCAUACAUGAAUUGGCUGUCGAUCUGCCUGAUCAACAAUGGAAAAGCUCAAUUCAGCAAAAAACAGAUCUGAUGGGAUUUGGUUAUUCUCUACCUGAUCAGAACAAAGGUAACAAUGGUGGGAAAGGUGGAAAAAAGAAGAAAAAUAAAAACUCUUCUAAAUCACAGAAAAACAACGGAUCCACUUGGGCCAAUGUCCCCCUACCUCCUCCCCCAGUCCAGCCCCUUCCCGGUACAGAGCUGGAACACUAUGCAGUGGAACAACAAGAAAAUGGCUAUGACAGUGAUAGCUGGUGCCCACCACUGCCAGUACAAACUUACUUACACCAAGGUAUGGAAGAUGAACUAGAAGAAGAUGAUGAUAGGGUCCCAACACCUCCUGUCCGAGGCGUGGCUUCUUCUCCUGCUAUCUCCUUUGGACAGCAGUCCACUGCAACGCUGACUCCAUCCCCACGGGAAGAGAUGCAACCCAUGCUGCAGGCUCACCUGGAUGAGUUGACAAGAGCCUAUCAGUUUGAUAUAGCAAAACAAACAUGGCACAUUCAAAGCAAUAAUCAACCUCCACAGCCUCCGGUUCCACCGUUAGGUUAUGUGUCCGGAGCCUUGAUUUCUGAUUUGGAAACGGAUGUUCCAGAUGAUGAUGCUGAUGAUGAAGAGGAAGCUUUAGAAAUUCCCAGGCCCCUGAGAGCACUGGACCAGACACCUGGGUCCAGUAUGGACAAUCUAGACAGCUCUGUGACAGGUUCAAUGGUAAAUGGAUGGGGCUCUGCAUCUGAUGAGGAUCGUAACUUUUCUAGUCAUAGAUCUAGUGUAGGUAGCUCGUCAGAUGGCUCUAUCUUUGCCAGCGGCAGUUUUGCACAAGCACUGGUGGCAGCAGCAGAUAAAGCUGGUUUUAGGCUGGAUGGAACCAGCCUUACAAGAACAGGAAAAGCCUUCACCUCCUCUCAAAGACCUCGACCUGCCAGCCCAUUUUCUACUGACAGUAAUACCAGUGCAGCCCUGAGUCAAAGUCAGAGGCCUCGGCCCACUAAAAAACACAAGGGAGGGCGGAUGGACCAACAACCAGCAUUGCCUCAUCGGAGAGAAGGAAUGACAGAUGAUCUUCCACCACCACCAGAUCCCCCGCCAGGUCAGGGUUUAAGGCAGCAAAUAGGCCCGAGCCAGCAUGCUGGUAACGUGGAAAACUCAACAGAGAGAAAAGGAAGUUCUCUAGAGAGACAACAUGCAUCCAACUUAGAAGACACAAAGAGCUCAUUGGAUUGUCCAGCUAGAACCUCCCUAGAGUGGCAGCGACAAACCCAGGAAUGGAUAAACUCCACAGAACGCCAAGAAGAGAUACGGAAAGCCCCACACAAACAAGGUGUCGGAUCAGAGGAGACAUUGGUGCCCUACAGCAAGCCCAGCUUCCCAUCUCCAGGUGGCCAUAGUUCAUCAGGAACAGCUUCUUCUAAAGGAUCCACUGGACCUAGGAAAGCAGAAGUAUUGAGAGCAGGCCACCAGCGCAAUGCCAGCGACCUUCUUGACAUAGGAUAUAUGGGCUCCAACAGUCAAGGACAGUUUACAGGUGAAUUAUAGUAACUGAGAGGAGACAUUCAAAGCUGCUCUGAAGGACCAUCAGGUCCAAACUCAUGGAAGUGAUGACACUAAACAGUGCAAUGAACAAUUUCUUUAUUUAUGUACUAUUAAAACAACUGUAAAUGCAAUGUAAAGACACACAGCCACACAUAUCCCACAGAUAUUUUAAUUGUGUUCUUCUCUUAAGUACACCACCCACCUUAACUCUUUCUUGUCAGGAGUAUAUAAAAAAGAAAGGAAAAAAAAACUCACCCUACAGGAAGAAAAGGAUUUUCCUCUGUAUAUAAUUUCUUUUGUGCAUUGCUAUGCAAGCUCACUCUUUUUAGCUCUGUUCAUAUUAUUGUCUGUUCUUAUUGGUCUGUUGUACUAUAUGUGAAUUAAUAGGCUGUGGUGCCAUAUAUUAACUUUUAAUUGUGUAACUUUUAUGUUUAAAUUUUGCACUGCAAUUUUAUUUGGUGAUAAGCACAAAUCUCUACUCCUCAUGACAUGAAGAAAAAGACUGAAUGUGAAGGGAGUUUCUGUACUGUAAGCUAGGUUGGAUAAUGCUGGUUGUAACAAAGUAUGUUAGAUGGUUUUCAGUUGGGGUGUAGAAAUAGGAAGAUGCAAAGGAACAAUGGUGUUGGCAAAGUCUCCUUUGAAUAUCAGGGACUGAGUCAAUAAAAAAAAUAAUAGAAAGGUGGCUUUUACUAUUAACAAAAGCAGGGGUCACAAAAAGGUAGUUUAAGUCUUACGAUCGAAUAUGCAUUAAAAUAUGCAGGUAGCAAAGAUGUAAUAAAUUUGCCUAAAAAAAGAAAUUAAAGUUUUAUUUAGAAUCAAUUUUACCUGUCAUUGUAAUUGACCCAUCUGAAAAUUACAAUAAGCAAAAUUAAGGUGUUUCACAAGAGCUGUAUUUAUAUUACAGUUUUUAAAAAACACUUUCUGAAUUAUCAUAAUUAAGCUCUCCAAAUCAUUAAGUCAGAAUAUAAUAUGAAAUUCCCCAAGGAAGUGAAGAAAAUGAACUCUCGAAUAUCUAGCAAAUAAAGAAGCAAUUUGUUAUUAGGGCAUACUCGAGCUGUUUCCAAAUAAAAACUCUAUUGCAAUAUCUUAUUUCAUCUUUCUAAUACAUGUACAGUACACACUAGAGGAUAGAGCUGCAUCACUUAAAUUCAUGACUUAAAAAGUAAUACAAUCUAUAUACAAUUUGUGUUUUAUUUGAUUAAGAAGUGAAGUUUAUGCCACCCAAUGUAUAGCCAAAUUGUACGUGCUUAAAAAGCAGUGCUGAGAGUAUGUUCAGUUCACAGUGAGUAGAUUUAUUGGAAUAAAUAUUUUACGGUACAUUCUCAGAAAUUGGCUACCAACUAAAAUACGUUUGACCCAUUUUGAAUGAGUAAAUUGAAAAGAAAAAUUUAAAGGAGAAAAAAAUGCAUGUUUAUAAACUUUUUAAAUAAAACCAAACCUUGUAAGUGGACAUUAAUAAUUGUCCUGCCUCAUUUCUUUUCACGACUUUGACAACAAGAAGUUCCUGAACAUUAGUCAUGUAUGGUCAGAAUAAAUGUGAUUUUAAAAUAUAUGUUAGCUACUGUACAUGUAUAGUCAAUCAUUCAAGUAGAAGAGGACCUUUCUGAAAUUCCCUCUUGUGACAUUUUCCCAUGUGUUUCCCGCACAAUCUUAAAUUCUAUUUCUGUCUAUAAGUUCUCAAAUUUUUCCUAUGAUAAGUUCAGUGGUUGGUACAUCUAAAAAUGUUCAGCCUAAUUAGGAUCAGUUCUAAAAUAGGGAACCCCUUUGAAUGACAAUUCGCACUCCAUUCAUUAUUGGCUCAGUAACCAACUUGUCAUGUUGUUAUAACAAAGGGUUAACAGAAUUAAACAUUUCCGUCUUUUUUAUUCCCUGAGACUGCUUCAGCACAGGCAAGUAUAGGAUGUAAUGUUCUUCACAGGCCCCAACAGCUUUUUGGUGCCAUGUAAUUUAUUUCUUCACUGAAGGGAAAAAGAAUUCUGAGACACAGUUAUUAAACCCUUUAUCAACUUUCUACCAUCAGUGCCUGAAUUCUAAUGCAGUUUGAUUUCUCUGGGACAAAGAGGCUGAGGAAGAUGAAAAGUUUCUACAAAGAGCGAAUACAUACUUAUUCACAACUUUAGGAUGUGAGGACUUAAACAUUUCCCUACAUAACCUCUUUCUAUUUAAAGGCAAAUAAAUUUUAAAGAGGUUUUGUGAUAUCUCUUUAGAUUUCUCCAUGACCCAGUUUAGUCUAAAACCUUAGUUCAUUACAUACGUAACACAUAACCUUUGAUCCCUGGUAACUGGUAGGUGUAGAUGAUUAAUAAACCAAGGCUUCGAAGUGAAGUAUGUGUAUACAGAUGACUUUUGGCAUAACGUGGGCAUAGCAUCCGACCUUCCUGAUUGUCUUCAGCAUAUAAAAAUUAACUGUUAUAGUUAAAAUUAUGUCAGUGCAAACCUUGGAGUUACUUGGAAUAUUCUUUUAGAAUAGUCCAUGUUGUCUGUUAAACCUGGUUUUAAACUAAUAGGGCAGUCAAAUUAUGCACCCAAAAUAUCACCCUUAAGUAGAUCGAGGGCAAGAUAAAAUGCUGUAGCUAUUAAAAGGAAUUCCAAAACAAUCAUUAGAAAUUAAAAGCCUUUGUCAACUUGCUACAUGUAAAAAGCUCCUAAUCAGUGUGUGUCAGAUGUCAACAGAAAAAAACAAACACAUAUGAGAACCACAGCAGUUUUUCAUUUCAUCGCUGAUUCAAUCAAUGUGAUUAGAAAUUCACUAAGCUCACUCUUUUGCAGGUCUAAACAGAGGCCUGCAUGAGGAUUGCAAAAGAGAAUCUGGGUGGGAGAGAACGUAAUCUGAUCUUGCACUCAUAGGCAAUGCUGCUCUGCAGUCAUGCCCAGCACAAGCACAGCUCCAUUCACAACAGGAAAAGUCUUCUUUGGGAAAAUAGCUGUAUUGGUGCCCAAACUCAGGUAUGCCAGUGUAUGCAGGUGAAGUUGCCCUACCCAUCUUCCAAACAUGUUCUAUAAGAUUUUCAAGUUAAGGUGGGAUAGUACAGGGGCGUGAAAAGAAUUGAUUCCUUCACAGGAUUUGAAUACAGUUCAAGGAAGGAUAUAGAAAAUUCAAAACCAACACGUAAGAUAUCACACAACCAACAAAUGUAAAACCAUGCAAAGUUUACUUGUUUUAAGUACAAAAAAUAUUUAACGGUGUUCUAUGUCAUAGUUUAAUGCUCUGAGUAUUUAAAUAUGUUUUCCACAGGAUUUGAGUUGAAAGUUUGUAAUCUGCUUUUAUGGAACACCUCCCAAUUUCUUUUCAAUAAAUUUAUGUAAUUGUCCAUUGACAAUAUAAUGAUAACAAUACCCUUGAGCUUGAAACUGUGGUUAAUCUUCACUACUGGGAAGUAACUGUGCAUCAGUAUUAAAGAUAUGCAGAAACAUAACAUUCA